AAGGGAAAAUAUUCGAAACCACCGACGAUUUUUGCAACAGCUGAGCACUACAGAUCGCGCCUUAUGCAUGAUGCCACCAGUGUAUGGCUUGAAGAUGUCACAGCAGCUUCCUUCAAGAUUUGUCUGCGGGAGCUGCAGAACUUCGCAGGAGUUCAUGACGACAUAUCGGUGAAUUGGAUGGCAUUUGAAUCCCUCCAUAGACCAUGGUUUUCAGAACACAGUGAAGUGAAUUUUCAGAAUGACGGUUUGCCUUCCGAGAGCGACAACUUUGCGUUCUGUAAGGAUGUGAGUUUCAAGUGGAGCUACAGAAAAACACCAACAGUGUUGUUAACAGCCAAACAUUCAACCAAGGGAAAAAAUGCAGCCACAGAAUGUAACGGAAUUGCAAGCUGGAUUGAGUUUAUCACCCAUUCGGGUUUUCGCAUUUGCGUGAAGGAACUCUUCAUCCACCGCUUCGAUCCACUGACAGUGUCAUAUGCAGUAAUAUCAGACUUCAACGAAUGUAAGGAUUUCUCCUAUGAUUGUCCAGCAAACGCCACUUGCGUAAACAGUGAUGGUUCAUACUCAUGUCGAUGUCCUGGUGGAUUUCGUCUGGAUGGGAAAAAUUGCCAGGAUAUCGAUGAGUGCAUCUCAGGGUCUUCUUUCUGCCACCCAAAAGCCAAAUGUGUCAAUAUUCUUGGUUCCUACUCGUGUAUAUGUUCAAGAGGAUAUGCAGGCGACGGAAAAACAAACUGUAACGUGGGUUUAUACAAUCGACCCUGAUGGUUCUGGUGCCUUUGAUGUAUAUUGUGACCAGACAACAGCCGGUGGGGGGUGGACAGUGUUCCAAAAGAGACUGGAUGGUUCGGUUAAUUUCUACCGCGGCUGGACCGAUUACAAGAAUGGCUUUGGUAACUUAAAUGGAGAAUUUUGGCUGGGACUGGAAAAGAUACACCGUUUGACAACAACGAAGAAAAGGCUCCGAGUAGAUCUGAUGGACACCACUGGAUACACUGCUUACGCCGAGUACGAAAUGUUUGCAGUUACCAGCGCGAGGACAAAGUACAAGCUUAGCCUUGGCAGUUAUUCAGGAACUGCUGGUGAUUCACUUUCUCUUCACCGUGGCUAUUUCUUUUCAACCAAAGAUCAGGACAAUGACAACUGGAGUGGUCAUUGUGCUGUGACUUUUAAAGGAGCCUGGUGGUACGAGGACUGUCAUCACUCUAACUUGAAUGGACUUUAUCACCGUGGGAAGCACUCAUCCUAUGCCGAUGGAGUCAAUUGGCGUCACUGGAGAGGACACUACUACUCCGUCAAGAGAGCUGAGAUGAAAAUUAGACCAGUUUCAUUUUAGAGCUUCCUUUUUUGUUCCCAUUUCAACAUUUUUUAUCCUAAUUUUUAAAGGCUACUAGAAGAAACAGGAUUAGGUUAGAUAUGGAUUAACAAAAUUUAGUAAGACAGAGUUAUCCUACCUAUGAAAACGAUUCUGUAUAUAUUAUGCAGCAAACAAAAACGAGAAUGAUCCCGUCAUAUUUGUCCAGGAUUGCGCAAAGAUACUUCAACUCGUUCAAAAGGAAAUUACCAAAAUCGAUUCGUUUGAAAGAACGCUCUCGAUAGUAAUGCAAAGGUGCUGUUAUCAGGUAACAUGAUGUAUGAAAGUGUGAGUGUGUCCUGACUGAGCCAUUAGCUGAAUCAGAACACAACAAUGGGGAUUAGAAAACCUGCCCAAAGGCGUUUACAAAGAGUUGUGUGGUUGAUAAACAGGGUCGACUGUAGUUUCAGUAUUCUUGUCUUUCAACCUGGUAAUUGCUUACAAUCACCGAGAAGUUUUCAAUUUAAUCUUUUAGAGGUUACCCACUAUUCUUUCAUCUGCUUAGAAAACAAGGACUUUUACUUUGAGCAGUAAAAACGAACCGAAUGAUUAAUAUACUCCGUGAUAUUGUAACUUUAAAAAAAAUUUCCACAAGUUUGAUUUCACAUUCAAUUCGCUGCAAAAGAGAGAAAUUAGUUAAGAACUGUUUAAGGUUUAUGCUUGCUUGUUAAAUAUUCUGCAUGAACAAGAAAACCCAACGAGUUCCGGUAACUUUAUUAAGUACUCUAGUCAUAUCCACACAGUCCAUGGCCUUUCAGAUCGGUUCUUUAAACAAAAGAAUACACACAUUUAUUUGAUAUUAAGAAUAAAAGACAGAUCUAAGUUUCUAAUAGAUACAGAGACUACAGAGAGUCGUUCAGCUGAAUUGAUCCACUUCGAUAAAAUAAAAUGAGCCUAAACUCGAAAUGACGACUCUGCCUGAGGCAAAGUUUGAACUAAAGAGCAGACUCACUCAUUCAUUUGAUCUGAUUUUUAAAAGGUCUGACUUUCUUUAGAGUGAAAAAUCUGAGUAAGCGUUAGCUGGCCGGGUAAUUUUAGAAUUUUUUGUUCUUCAUUCCUUUGUCAAGACAAUAAAGGCGAAUAAACGAA